AUGGCUAGAGAAAUCAAGGACAUCAAGCAAUUCGUUGAAUUAGCUAGAAGAUCAGACAUCAAAUCUGCUAUCGUCAAGACCAACACCAAGCUCAACGCCAACGGUAAAAAAUUCAAGCAAACCAAAUUCAAGGUUAGAGGAUCAAGAUACCAAUACACAUUAGUUGUUAACGAUGCUACUAAGGCUAAGAAAUUGCAACAAUCAUUGCCACCAACUUUGAAAGUCGAAUCAUUAUAA